AUGUCAGCUAUUAAACGAUGGAUCAAAAAGCUGGAGGUGGAAUCAGACCCGGGCUUGACUAACACCCAGUUGAUGUUGACGAACCAUGACUUGCGCCCAGUCGAACCCGACCGCCGUCAGUGGAGGUGGUACAACUUCAUUUUCUUCUGGAUUGCAGACUCAUUGAAUAUUGGGUAUAUUGGAGGACAGUGUAUAACGCUGAUGAUUCGGGCGAUUUGGCCAAGCUAUGAGAGCUUGCCCAAUGGUAUUCCCGAGAGCUCUGGGGUUGACACGAAGAACUUCCUAAGUUUCUUCCUCUUCUGGUUGCUGUCUUUGCCGGCCCUAUGGUUCCCGGUCCAUCAGAUCCGCCACCUAUUUACUGUCAAGUCAAUAUACUCGCCCAUUGCCGCUAUUGCUUUCUUUGCCUGGGCUAUCUCUCGUGCCAACGGACUUGGUCCGAUUGUGCACCAGUCUCACACGGUCCAUGGCAGCACUUUGGCCUGGGCCGUUGUAAAAGCGCUCAUGAGUUGCUUGGGGAAUUUUGCUGCUUUGAUCAUGAACGAUCCAGAUUUCUCUCGCUUUGCACGGAAACCCAAGGAUGCCCUUUGGGCGCAGCUGCUUACCAUUCCCAUUGGUUUCGGCAUCACUUCGUUCAUCGGUAUCAUUGCGUCCUCUUCAUCUGCAGUCAUAUUUGGGGGAGAUGCAAUCUGGAACCCUCUUGAUCUCUUGGGAAGAUUUCUUGAGGGUGCUAGCUCGGCUGAGCGCUUUGGUGUCUUCAUCAUUGCGCUUGGAUUUGCUCUCGCUCAGCUGGGCACCAACAUUUCCGCCAACUCGGUCUCCGCUGGUACGGACAUGACCGCUUUGCUUCCGCGAUACAUCACCAUCAGACGGGGCAGUUACAUUUGCGCUGCAAUUGGCUUAGCCAUGUGUCCGUGGAACCUGGUGUCCGAUUCUAACCAAUUCACAACAUAUCUAUCCGCCUAUUCUAUCUUCCUCUCUGCCAUUGCAGGGGUUAUGAUCUGCGACUACUACGUCGUCCGCAAAGGAUAUUUAAUCGUUAAAGAUCUUUACAGCGGAGAAAAAGACUCCGCAUAUCGCUUCAACUACGGCUUUUCCUGGCAAGCAUAUGCUUCAUACCUUUCAGGGCUUCUCAUCAACAUUGUCGGAUUCGCGGGCGCUGUAGGCCGCGAUGUUCCAGUGGGUGCGCAAUAUAUCUACAAUGUCAACUACCUCUCCGGCUUCAUUGUCUCCUUCGUGAUGUACUUCAUCAUCACCCGUCUCUGCCCAAUAGCCGCCACAAGCGAUACCUGGAACGAAGUCAAUACCGACCUCGAAUUAGAUACAGAGGGACAUGACAUUGACGCGGAAGAUAUCCACACCGGCAAACCGAUUGGUUUCGAAACUUCGGAGCCCCGUGAAGAUUAUAAAGGUGCAAAGGCUGGAUCCGCUAGUGUAUAG